AUGGAUUUAAGAAUUGGUGGUAAAUAUAGAAUAAGUAGGAAGAUAGGUGGUGGAUCAUUUGGUGAGAUUUAUUUAGGAACCAACAUAUCAACCAAUGAAGAAGUUGCAAUUAAAUUAGAACCUGCAAAAGCAAUUCAUCCACAACUUUUAUUUGAAUCAAAAUUAUAUAAAAUAUUUCAAGGUGGAAUUGGUAUACCUGCAGUUAAAUGGUUUGGAUUCGAUGGUGACUAUAAUAUAAUGGUUAUGGAUUUAUUAGGACCAAGUUUAGAAGAUCUUUUUAAUUAUUGUGGUAGAAAGUUUAGUUUAAAAACUGUGUUAAUGUUGGGUGAUCAAAUGCUUAGAAGAAUAGAGUUCAUUCAUUCAAACAACUUUAUUCACAGAGAUAUAAAGCCUGAUAAUUUCUUGAUGGGAAUUGGAAAACGAGGCCAUGUUGUCAAUCUAAUUGAUUUUGGGUUGGCAAAACGUUAUCGUGAUCCAAAGACUCAUCAACACAUUCCAUACAGAGAACACAAGAAUUUAACUGGUACUGCUCGUUACGCUUCGUUGAAUACUCAUCAAGGUAUUGAACAAAGUAGAAGAGACGAUUUAGAAUCACUUGGUUAUGUUCUUAUGUAUUUCAAUAGAGGUAGUUUACCAUGGCAAGGUUUAAAAGCUUACACUAAAAGAGAUAAAUACGAAAAAAUUUGUGAUAAAAAAGCACAAACUAAAAUUGAUACAUUAUGUCAAGGUUUCCCAAGUGAAUUUGCAACAUUUUUAAAUUAUACAAGAUUCUUAAAAUUUGAAGAUAAACCAGAUUUCCUUUAUCUUAGAAAGUUAUUAAGAGAAAUGUUUGUAAGAGAGGGUUAUAGAUACGACUAUAUGUUUGAUUGGGUUAUUGUUAGAAAACUAAGAGAAAAGCCACCUCUUGAAAGACCAUUAUCAAACGACAACAAACAAAUUCAACAACAAAUUCAACAACAACAACAAGCACAACAACAAUUACAACAACAAGCACAACAACAACAACAACAAACUACAACCACCACUACAACAUCAUCUUCACAACCAAGCAAUGUUAAAAAUAUUUCAACCGUUUCAAAUAUAGCUACAACCACUACAGAUGAGCAAUUCAGACAAUUAUUAUCUACCCCAUCUUAUAAUAAUGUAGACUCUGAUCAAUCACCACAACAAACUACUACUACUACUUCAUCAUCUAAUCCAAAUCAAACUACCUUCUACAGACAGAAUAAAGUCGUAGUUCCACAAUCUUCUUCAACCACAACAAAGCCACCAGCAAAGUAG